CCGCCACGAAUGAAGUGUUGUGUCAAAAGGCGACAGUACACGCCACACAAACACCGCCGCACGUCGUCGAAAUUUGGAAGAAACAAUUAGCGAAAGGAAACGGAACGAACGCAAGACAAAAACGUGUCCUGCAGGAAUUGUGUUGGUAGGCGGACAGCCGGCAUUGUAUCUCCUCGAACCACAGCCGGAACACAGCAGCAACAACAAAAUGGUGUAUGUAAAGUCGUGGGAAGAUUUCGAGAUUGCGGCAGAAAACAUGUACAUGGCGAAUCCGUGCCAGUGUCGGUUUACGAUGAAGUACACGCACCAGCGAGGAGCGGUAGUGCUGAAGCUGACCGACAAUGCCAAGUGCGUGCAGUACAAAACGGAGGUCCUGUCCGAGCUGCGGCGGAUCGAAAAAUUCUCCGGCAAUCUGAUACAGAUGAUGGCGUCGAAGGAAUAGGAACACAGGACAGGGCAGCUAGCUUGGAAGCAAAAGUGAGAAGCGGAUGGAUACGAACGAGGCAAGGGAUUUAAAAUAAACAUUGAACUAUAUUGUUAAGUGAAA